AUGGCGCCGGCGGCUAGAGGAUGUUGGGGGGUGGUGGUUGAGAAGGCGAGGAGGUGUGUAAGGACGGUGAUUUUCAUGGUGGCGAUGGUGGCGUCGCUCUUGGUAUCAUCGAUGCCGGUGCUUGUGGCUAUAGGGGACGUGGUGGUUCCUUUCGUUUUGGUAUCGAGUUUCACGUGCUUGACGUGCUAUGGAUUCAAAAGCCAUUUGCGGAGAUACUCUUUUAAAAGCUCCUUCACCGAUAUCCCUAUCGUUUCUCUUAUCAGAUCUUUCCUCAUCAUCUGUGUUUAUUCAAUGUGCGAUGCUCCAGCUCUAUCACACGGACCUUACCUUGGAACAGUGACGCUAUGUUCUGCUGUUUCAAUUAUGCUUCUUUCAAUUAAGACAUGUGUUUUCACCGUCAAUUCUCAAAUUGAAGCUGAAGCUUCAACUUCUUCAAUUUCAAGGCAGAAGCUUCAUCUGAAGAAGUCAUGGGGGAUGCCUGUCUUGUUUCUUUCGUCGGUAGUCUUUGCUCUUGGACACACUGUGGUUGCUUAUAGAACUAGCUGCAGAGCAAGGAGAAAGCUUAUGUUUCACCGAGUUGACCCCGAAGCUGUGCUUUCAUGUAAAAGCGUUUUCUCGGGCUAUCAGAAGGUUCCACGGUCUCCCACUCCCACAGCAGGAAGAACCCCAAAAAGUGACAGUGAAAUGAAGCGAAAGCCUUUCGGAACAACUCGUGAUGAAGGAGAACUUCCAGUCAGAUUACUUGCUGACCUUGACAGCCUGUUCAUUACGUGCCAGGGACUUACUGUCCACUACAAGCUCUGCUUCCCUGGUGCAUCCCCUCGGUACUUAUCCUCUACUCCCGUUCUUGAAUCUAGUUCUGGCUGCAGCUCACCCAAGCUGGUGGUGGGGAGGUUGAGACCUGAAAGGCAGCCAUUUAUUGCGGUAGAAAAAACCCAGCACGAUCUAUAUAGGAGUUAUAGCAAUCAAUUUUACAGCUCUUCACUGUAUGCUCCACUAUUGGAUGGUUCUCCUACUUCUGUUAUAUCCGAAGAAAUUCCUGUUCUGAACCUAGAUGAUGCUGUUCAGGAGGAUGGAACGUGUGAAUUGAACUCUGUGAUUCCUGUGCAAGACAUGGAGCAAAAUGGCCAGUUAGGUAUUGUUCUAGUUCAUGGAUUUGGAGGUGGAGUUUUCUCAUGGAGGCAUGUGAUGGGAGUGCUAUCUCAGCAGGUUGGCUGUGCAGUUGCUGCUUUUGAUCGGCCUGGUUGGGGGCUAACUUCUCGGCUACGCCGUAAAGAUUGGGAAGAUAAAGCACUGCCGAACCCUUACAAGCUUGAAACUCAGGUUGAUUUGCUUCUUUCUUUCUGUUCUGAGAUGGGGUUUACUUCAGUGGUACUUAUUGGUCAUGACGAUGGAGGCUUGCUUGCUUUAAAAGCCGCUCAGAGAAUUCAAGCAUCAAUGAAUUCUUUCAAUGUUACAAUUAAAGGAGUAGUAUUGCUAAAUGCUAGCUUGUCUAGAGAAGUGGUUCCUGCCUUUGCUAGGAUACUUCUGCGCACUUCUCUUGGAAAAAAGCACUUGGUUCGUCCUCUGCUGCGAACAGAAAUUAUUCAAGUGGUGAAUAGACGUGCAUGGUAUGAUGCUACCAAGCUAACAACAGAGAUUUUGAGUCUUUAUAAGGCACAGCUAUGCGUCGAAGGUUGGGAUGAAGCAGUCCAUGAGAUAGGUAAACUUUCAUGUGAGACAGUCCUUUCACCACAAGAUUCUGCAUCGUUGUUGAAGGCUGUAGAAGACAUGCCAGUGUUAGUCAUUGCUGGCGCUGAAGAUGCUCUUGUUCCACUUAAAUCUUCUCAAGCCAUGGCUUUAAAACUUGUAAAUUCUAGACUGGUUGCUAUAUCUGGAUGUGGCCAUCUUCCACAUGAGGAGUGUCCCAAUGCAUUACUGGCAGCUAUAUCACCGUUCAUAAGCAGACUCUCGUUGGAACCAGAUUUGGAAAACCAAUAA